AUGUCAAUAGAUAUAUCAAAAGAGAAUCUUUUAAAGUUCCAGGCUGCUAAGAGUUAUAGAUUACCAGAUGCACAAGUUGCUCCUGUGACUUCUUUAAGUUUUGAUGAUCAUGGCCAAUUUUUAUUAACUUCUGCUGCGAGUGACUCCAUGCAACUAUAUAAUGCUGUUGGAUGCCGCUUUAUAAGUACAAUUGCAUCCAAGAAAUACGGAUGUCAUUCUGCAAAAUUUACUCAUGCUCAAUCAGAAUGUAUCUACUCAUCUACAAUGAAAAGUUUUGAUAUUAGACAUCUAAAUGUUGAAACUAAUCAAUACCUAAGGUAUUUUAUGGGUCACGGUGCUCUAGUUAGCGAACUGCAGAUGUCUCCCUUGGAUGAUUCAUUUUUAUCAGCAUCUUAUGAUGAAUCUAUCAGACUAUGGGAUCUAAGAAUUUCCAAAGCACAAGCAAUUAUUCCCAGUGUCAUACCAACAUGCAUUGCAUAUGAUCCCAGUGGGCUAGUUUUCGCUGUAGGAAAUCCAGAAUCUUUUGAGAUUGGCCUAUAUGAUAUUCACCAGUUGAAAAAUGGACCAUUUCUGACUAUUAAAGUGGAUAAAAAAUUUUCAAACUGGUCAAAAUUAGAGUUCUCAAAUGAUGGUAAGUACAUAUUGCUAGCCUCUUCUGAUGGAAUACAGUUAAUACUGGAUGCCUUCGAUGGUAGUCAAUUAUUUGAGUUAAUUGGCACAAAGCCUUUCCCAUUAAGAGAAUUCACAGAUUCUGGCUCAGCUUGUUUUACUCCAGAUGGUAAAUUCACCCUAGCAACUGAUUACUCGGGUAAAAUAGCUGUGUGGAAUCAUACCGAUUCUAUAAGUAAUAAAGUACUGAAGCCUCAAGGUUAUAUACAGGCAGCCCAAAAUUCUUCUCCCAGGACAAUUGCAUUUAAUCCAAAAUAUUCAAUGUUUGUCACAGCUGAUGAAAACGUAGACUUCUAUACCUUUGAGGAUACAUAA